AUGACUACACAUGUCGUGUCUCUUUUCCUACCCUAUACCGUCGACUUCCAAGAGAACAAGUCCAACCCCCCGAGCCCGCCCCAGCCCGCCCCUACCCAGCUAGGCGAGACGGUUCGCCAGCCGUCUACCUCGAGUAUACCCAUCACACGGACAACCUCCAUCAAAAAUGAAGACCAACCCCAGAGCCUCCUCAAGCGUGCGCCGCCCUCGCACAUCCAGCUGCCCAAGGCAUCGAUGCGCAUGACGGACCACGAAGACUUCUUCACCCCGGGCCAGCCCAGCGCCGCCACCCACUUCCCCAACGCUGCAGACCCCCGGGGUCUGGUCCGUAGCGAUGCCCAUAUCCCCGAGUGGGGUGGCAGCGGCCUCUUCUUCAACCAGCCCGUCUCAAUGGCCGACCCCGCUCCGCCAGACACGAUUCUCGAAUACGCAAAGGCGCAGGAGCGGGCCCAGGCCCAAAAGGAGCGCAUGAAGGGCUCCCACGCUGGAAAGCCAGUAACCGACCCCAGGUGGGCCACCGAGUACCGCGUCGUGCCUGCUGUCCAGGGCAACGGAGGCCUCACCAACGCUCUCCGUGCUGCAGUCGACAACAAGUGCCUUAGUGAUACCAUCACGGUUGGCUUGAUUGGCUUCCCUACAGACAGCCUCAACGAAGAGAAGAAGACGGAAAUCUACGAGAAGCUCGAGGAGGAGCAUGAUGCCGUGACCGUCUUUGUCAGCGACAAGGACUUUGACGGUCACUACGCCCACUACUGCAAGACCAUUCUGUGGCCAGUCUUCCACUACAUUAUUCCUGACCACCCCAAGAGCAAGGCUUUCCUCGACCACUCCUGGGUCUUUUACGUCAAGGUCUGCCAGGCCUUUGCCGAUAAGGUGGUCAAAAACUACAAGCGUGGAGACGUCAUCUGGGUCCAUGACUACCACUUGUGUCUUGUCCCUCAAAUGGUUCGCCAAAAGCUGCCCGAUGCCCAGAUUGGCUUCUUCCUUCACACGGCCUUUCCAUCGUCCGAGGUAUUCCGCUGCCUUGCCGCUCGAAAAGAGCUUCUCGAUGGCAUGCUCGGAGCGAACCUGGUUGCUUUCCAGACGCCAGAAUACGCCCACCACUUCCUGCAAACCUGCAGCCGCAUUCUGUCUGUAGAGGCUACCGAGGAUGGUGUUCAGCUUGAGAACCGCUUCGUCAAUGUCUGGUCCUCGCCUAUUGGUAUUGAUCCUCGUGCCCUCUCUCUCGCCAGAGAAGAGCCCGAGGUGCUGGAGUGGAUCCAGACCAUGCAGAAGCGGUACGAGGGCAAGAAGGUCAUUGUUGCUCGCGAUAAGCUAGACAACAUUCGCGGUGUGCGCCAAAAACUGCUGGCCUUUGAGUUGUUCCUCAACAAGUAUCCCGAGUGGAAAGACAAAGUGGUCAUGAUUCAGGUCGCAACCUCCACGACCGAAGACACUGAGCUGGCUGCGACCGUCUCUGAGAUUGUUACGCGCAUCGACGCAGUCCAUUCGACCCUGACGCACAACCCUCUCAUCUUCCUCCGACAGGAUAUUUCCUUUUCACAGUACCUCGCACUGCUCUCCAUUGCCGAUGCACUUGCCAUUACCAGUCUCCGCGAAGGCAUGAAUUUGACCUGCCACGAGUUUGUCAUCUGUCAGGACGGGCGCGGAGGCGAGAAGAAGCAUAGCCCCGUCAUUCUCAGCGAGUUUACUGGUAGUGCAUCCAUUUUUGAUGGCGCAGACCUCGCCAUCAACCCGUGGGACUACAACAACAUUGCCGAAGCUUUCCGCAUCGCCCUGGAGAUGAAGGAUGACGAGAAGGAGAGGAGGUUCACCAAGAUGCGCAACAUGGUCAUGAAUCAGACUGGUGAUAUCUGGGUCAACAAGCUGAGUACUCACCUCGCCAAGGUCUAUGAGGAGCAGUUCAAGCGCGACACCAUGUCGAUUCCCCGACUCUCUGCGUCGAGCCUUGCGCGCGCCUACCAGGAGUCUCAGAGGCGACUGUUCGUUCUAGACUACGAAGGCACUCUCGCGUCGUACGGAUCCGUCAAUAACACCAUUCUCGCUAACACCGAGCGUGUUAUUGUUGUGCUGAAUGAUCUUGUUUCUGAUGAGAGGAACGCCGUCUAUGUAAUGACUGGUCGCACAGUUCGAGAGACUGAGCUCAUCUUCAACCGCGUCCGUGGCCUUGGCCUCAUUGCAGAGAACGGUUGCUUCCUGCGUGAGCCUGGCGUGAAAGAGUGGAUCCAGUUCCCUGACGAGGAGAAGACGGUCAAGUGGAAGGACUCGGUCAAGCCAAUCUUGCAGUACUACCUCGAGCGUGUCGAGGGCAGUUGGGUCGAGGAGCGCCACUGCUCCAUCAUCUUCCACUACAACAAGCCCAGCGACAAGGACGACUCUGCAAGCCGACAUGCCGGUGAUUGUGCGAACCACAUCAACGAUGCAUGCGAGCAGCAGCGCGUCAAGGCAAUCCCCACCAAGGAUUCAGUAGUCAUUGAGCCAAUUGACUUUGACAAGGCUUCUGCAGCCCAGCACAUCUUCAACAAGUACCCAGAGGACGCCCGACCUGACUUCCUCCUUGCUGCGGGCAACGAUCGCAGUGACGAAGGCAUCUUCCACUGGGCGAAGCAGUUGAAGGACGAUUCCCUUGUUCCCAACGUCCAGACCGUCACUGUUGGCGACCGAAAUUCCAUCGCCAUGUCGACGCUCCCCAACGGAACGACUGGCUUGCUGGGUGCUCUGAACAAGCUUACCAAGAACCCCCGUUCCUCGCCUUAGAGCUAUUGAAGCGUAUUUCGAGCGAGCACGACGCAAUAACCGGGACAUGUCUGAUGCAUUCGAUACCCCUUGUUACGUAAUGACGAUUGGUGAUGACAUGGAUGCACAGUGAGAAUUCACUUUGGAACGAGGGGCCGCAGAAGAAUG